AUGAGCGCCCCGCAGCCCCGCAUUCUUGAAACCUAUAACAGUCUUACAGACAAACACCUGGUUGGAUAUUUCAGCAAUGCCAGGAUAAGACGACAUCUUCAGAAAUCAGGACUGAUCUCCAGGAGCGGAAGGAUAAUACCCGAGAAGGAAUACCGUCUCAAUGCCCUAAGGAGGGACCACCAGAGACACGUCCAGGAGUGCUUGGCUGAUGCCAUAUACCACAAGGUCCUUGACAUAGAGCAUCAUCAUCAGCUGGGGCUGAAAAAGAGACUCGAUUAUUCUAUGAGGAAAGAGAUGAUGCAGCCAGUCAAGAUGGAGCAAUCAAUGGGAGAAGUUGUCCAUAUGUACUCCCCACAUCCACCCAUCGCUCCCCGGAACCACCACGCGCUCUGUCCUUUGGUGUCUGGAGAGAGAACUGGUCGCUCACAACAGAGUUCCUUGCGACCAAAAACAGCUCCAGGAGAUGUACAGCAGCCCCCUCGCCUCCAGCCCCUUCUUGGCUGGGCUGCAGCAGGGUCUGUAUCAAAGGCUUCCAAACAGAAGUGCCAUGCACUGGAACAUUAUCAGCAGUUUGCCUGUGGGGGGGCGAGCAGUGAGUUAACGUUUAGGAACCCAAUGGAUUACAUGGCUGGCGUGUCACCCUACCAGCCCCCUGCCAGCAAGCGCCGUCGCCGCCGGGUGCCGGUGCCGCCGCCGCGCCCGCACGUCGGGGACAGGUGCAUCCCUGGCAUCAGACGUGGGCUGCCCGUAGAGAGAUGGUUUCAUCCCACCACUGGAUUCAAUGAGCAGUUCUUGAUCAAUAACACCAAAGGGUUCCCCAAGUCCCCGUUGUGCAGCAACGCCUUGGUCACCAUGAUCUACCUAGGAAAGAGUAAGCACGUGUCUCUCCGUGAUUACAAGGAUGAAAUCAAAGUCUAUCAGCAGUACUGUGGAACAGAAAACAUUUGUGUCUAUAAAGGCGACCUGUUGGAAGGAGAUACCUUCCAGUUCAUCUCUAAGAGGUACCUCGGUUACCCAUUCAGCCUCACCUUUUAUCUCAACGGGCUCCAAGUUGACAGGCUGAGCUGUUGCUGUGAGUACAAAGGCUUUCAGUGUAAGAGGCCUGCCCGGCUGCGGCGCAAAAACACCUACUUCAGGGUGCUCCAUGUGGCAGGAGCACCUCCUUGCUACAGGUGCUUUCUUGCGAUGGGCCUGGACAAAAAGCUGUUCCCUCCCAAGAGGAAGAUUAAGUACUACACGAGGCCGCACAUGUGUUCCUGUUCUCCUUACUGCGCGCACAGCGAGCCCUGCGACAGCAGCGUGGUGCAGAAAUCAAUUGAAGGCUCAAUGUCACUCACCAUACCAAGUCAGGAAGAAAGUGUGCAAACUAUUGACGAAACACUGGAGUCUGAAGAGGAGUCCAGCGAAGAAGAUGAUGAUGAUGAUGAAGAAGAAGAAGAAGAAGAAACGGAAGACCAAUCUUUUGAGGAGACCGAAGACACCACCACUCAGGAAAACACCAGUGAAAGUGAAUAUGAUGAAGAUUUUGAAGCAGAUGAAGAAGUUAAUGAAGAGGGACAGACUGGUAAUCAAAUCAAGGGAAUGUCAGAGUCAUCCUCAGAUGAUAAAACCCAUAAUUUAGACUAUGGAAAGGAGAGUGAAACCUCAUCUCAGAAGGCACUGCAGGCCUCUGGCAGUGAGAAAGAUGAAAGUGGAGGAUAUUCUGGUGACAGGGACUCUGAAGAUGAUGUACCAGAGAGGAGGCCUGCAGACUCUUUCUCAUCCAUGAGCACACAGUGCAGCACUGAGACUGACUCUCGUGCUGAAAUGAAGGCAGACAAUGUGAAGUGCAAAGAGGACUGCAAUAUCAAAAGUACAUCUGAUAGUGCAGCACAUGCACACUAUGGAAAUGAGAAUGGGGAGAAAAAACUGCUCAGAGUGGAGGAAAAUCAGGACAGUUCUGCACUGGAAAAUAAAGGAAUAGAUGAAGCAGAAAAGACAAAACCAGAAGAUCUAACAGCAAGAGAAGAUACUAGAAUUUUUCAUGAAAACAUAAUGGCAAUGCAGCAUGAAAACCCUGAGGGUAAUGGGGAAUUCAAACACACUGGGUCAGGAGAAAGCAACAUGAAUGAGGAGGAGAAAUGUCCUCCAGUGCCUUGGGAAAGCAGAGUAUUGAACAGUGAGGAUGGCAAUGAAGAGUCUCCUUGUGGUGAGUACAGUCCCUUUUUUGAAGAUUGCAAACCAGUCCAGGAGGAGAUAGCAAAGGCAACCGAAAAUGAUCAUCCUGUGAAUUCUGACCCUGAGCCUGGUGAUUUGUGUGCCAGUGAGGAAGAAAAGAACACAGCAAAUACAGAGCAUGGUGCCAGUGAAGCAGCAGGUGGAAGUCCCCUGGCCGAAGGGAGGAGAAGCCCUGACGUGCAGGAGGCAGCAGCACCGGCGGCAGGGCCGGGACAAGGCCUGGAGCAGGACGGUGCUGCUGAGGGAGGCGCUGGCAGCCGAGAGGCCGCAGGAAAAGCUGCAGGCGUGGCGGAUUCGCUGUCCCGGGCAGGCACGGGGGCUGCGCUGCGGGAAUCCGCGCCUGAGGAACAUCCCCAAGGAAAGGGAGCGGGGGAGGCGGUGAAGCGGGGCACGGAGGUGUCACCUGGGGAGCAGGAGGUGCUGCUGGAGGGGAUGGAGAGAGAGGUGGCACUGGGAACAGCUGGGGGAGAGGGGCCAGCGGGGGCACUGCCAGCACGGCAGGCAGACAGAGCCGUGCCCCGGGGAGAGGAGGGGGCUGCGGGCACUGGUGAGGAGGAGGCUGCAGAGGAAGGCCCCAAAGGAGCAGUAGGGCCCCCAGCAGAGGAAGAGGAGGGUGAGGCAGUGUCCGGGGCAGGGGAGUCCCUGGGACAGGGAGGGUCUGCAGGGAAGGACACGAUGGUGGGUGCUGUGUCAGAGGGAGAGGAGCCUGUGGAGGAUGCUGAUGUGGCAGCAGAUGGGAAGGCCAGAGCUGUGGGCCCUGAAGGAGGAAAAGUUGUUCAAGAAGACUUUUCUGAAGGGGAGGAGGCUAUGGGGGAGCCUGGGGCUCUCCGGGAAGCACUAGGGGAUGUGGAAACAGGAGAAGCAAUGUCUGGAGGGGAAGGGUUUGUAAAGCCAAGUCAGUUUUCCCAGCUGAAAGUGUCAGGGGAAGAGUGGAUGGAGAUGGGGAAAGCUGUCCCAGGAGCUGCAGCAGCGCCUGAGAGUGCUCAGGCUCUCCAGAGAGGGGAGAACACGAUGGAAGAGUCUGUAGAGGCUGACAAGGGUCCUGUACUGGACGUGGCACCCGAGUUAGGGGCACUGGGGGGUGCUCGAGGGGAUCCCGUCACUGAAGGGUCAUCAGAGGAGGAGAGGCUGGCAGUGCAGGAGGAGGAGGGUGCAGCAGAAGCACUUCGGAGUGGAAACCCAUCUGAGGGCAGCAAAGCAGAGACAGAGAGAGCAGUGGAAGGAAAACCCGAAGGAGAGGUGGUGGGAGGGUCUGCAGGGGCGGCCGGAGCGGGCUCGGGGGAUGAAGAGGAGGGCGCAGAUGGAGCAGCAGGUUCAAAGGAGCCGGCAGCUGGGACGGAGGGGUGGCUGAGGUGUGGGCAAGUGACAGGGGAGGGGAGGUGUCCCGGGGAGGGGGUGGUGGGCGAGGCGGCGCCGCCGGCCCCGGGGCUGUGCGGGAGCCGGGCCGGGGAGCCGGGGCUGGUGGCCAUCGCUGUGCUGGGCGGCCGCGCCGGGCGAGGAGCCCUGGCCGGGGGGCCGGCAGAGGCUGGGGCUGGCGGGGUGGGCACAGGGGCGGUGGCACAGGAGGGGGUGAUAGGAGCAGUGCUGGGGGCACAGAGCGGGACAGGGGCGGCAGGGGCACAGGAGGCGGCGGCCGGGGAGCCCGGGAGGGCCGGGGAAGGGCUGGCCGGGGCACCCGGGGCUGGUGGGGCAGCGGGAGGGUGCGAGGGCCGGCAGCGGGAGGCGGGCGCGGGGCGGCUCGGGCCCCCUCGGCACCGAGAGGUGCUCGGGGCCAGGCCGCGGGGCGAAGAGCCGGCUGCAGAGAGCUGCCCGAGCACCCCUGGCCCCGGGGACCGGGCAGCGGCACCGAGCGGGACAGGAGGGUCCGCGGGAGGCGAGGGGCCGUGCCCCGGCACCCCGGCGCAGCUGGCAGCCCCAGAGCCAGGCACAGCGCGGGGCAAGGACGGGCGGCAGGAGCAGGGGAUGGAGCAGGCAGCAGCGAAAGCCGAGGGGGAGCAGCCCUGUGGAAACACGAGAGAGGGCGGGGUGGCGGGUGUCUCGGCCAGGGCUGGGGCCGCUGCUGGAGCCGGGGAGCAGAGGCAGCGCAGCCCGGUCGGAGGGAGCCCAGGUGUCCCGGCAGCUGCUGGCGCGGGCCAGAGGAGCCGCAGUUCCCGUCAGUGCAAACUCAGACCCACUCAUCACGUCCUCAGAACAGGAUGGGGAAGAAACUCUGCUCUGAGCUUUUUCUGCAGCCCCUCAGUGCUGUGUCCUGUAGCAUGCCCUCAGCUGUCCGUGGCUUUGUGCCGGCUGGGAUGUCACUCCUCUCUUCACUCUGUGGGUCACACAGCCACCUGUCACGUUUCACUGGAGCAGCUCCUCAGCGUGCAGCAGACAUGCAACGAGCUUGUGUUUGCCAGCCCAGGAAACAGCACUCCUCUGGAAGGAUGA